UCGGCAUCUCUUCACUACGAGGAACUUUCUAGAAUCCAAAACAUUAAUAAAUCUUUUAAUUAAAAUACUUUCGAUUUCUCCAUCGGUGAAUUCGAAGAUUCAUGGCAGCUCCUGAGGCGGAGAAGAGUGGCGGCAGCGGCGGGGGAGAAGAGUCAGAUACGUCGGCAGGCGGCGGCGGCAGAUGUGUUCCGACGCCGUUUUUAAUGAAAACGUACCAGCUAGUGGAUGAUAAAACGACAGAUGACGUGGUAUCGUGGAGUGUAGACGGAUCCAGUUUUAUAGUUUGGAAACAUACUGAAUUUGCAAAGGAUUUGCUUCCCAAGUUUUUUAAACAUAGUAAUUUCUCUAGCUUUAUCCGCCAGUUAAACACCUAUCGCUUCAGAAAGAUAGUGCCUGAUAGAUGGGAGUUUGCGCACGAUUGUUUUCGCAGAGGUGAAAAACAUCUUUUAUGUGACAUACAACGUAGAAAAUUCACCCCUGGUAUACCGAUUGUGGGGCUGGUGACCACAGUGGCGUUGUCACCGGCUCAGCACAAGACGGUUUCUCCCACUAAUUCAGGUGAAGAACGAGUUUUAUCAUCAAACUCAUGUGGUGGUCCGCGAGAAGUGACAGCAUCUGGUGUUAGUAAAGAUGAAAUGAGCCUUGAAAACAAGAGGUUGAGAAGAGAGAACCUGCAACUAAAAAAUGAAUUGAAUCAGAUGAAGAAUUUUAUAGAUAGUGUAUAUGUCAUGAUGUCAAAAUAUGCACCAACAAAAAAUCCAUCUGAAGGCUGUUGUUCUUCACAACUUUUGCAACAAGUAAGCAAUGUUAGACCAUUGGAACUUUUGCCAAUAAGGAACGGGAAAGAUUGUAAUGUUGUUGAAAGAGGAGUAAUGAAGAAUGAGGAGGAGGAGGAGGAUGUGAGCCCAAGGUUGUUUGGCGUAUCGAUAGGUGUGAAACGAGAAAGGGAUGGGACUGGGACCGAGAGUGAUGGUGAAGGGCCAGAGCAGGUGCAGUUGCAACAGCCGGGGUCUGAUGUUAAGUCUGGUUCGUUGGAUGAUGGUCUAGUUGAUGGAGGUAGUGUUGAAUCUAAGGAAUCCAUAUGGUUGGCAAAAUGCUUACAAGAGUUGGGUCGAAAGGUAAUGUGAUGAAAUCCUAGACUUCAAUUGACGUUUAAGUAAGACUUGUUUUGAAAAAAACAAAUUUAGUUGAUUAGCAUAUCGUUGGAUGAUCAAUUUAGUACUAAUGAUAUUGUUAAGUCCAUUGUUUUAUAAAAUGUGGAACUUGUUACAUGUAGACAUGUGGUGUCAUACAUUGAUUAGCCAAAAUGUAGUAAUGUCUUUUGUA